AAUGAAUAUUCAAUUGAAAAAAAAAAAUCCAAUGAAUAUUCCAAACAUAGCAGGACAGUCGGAGGAAGGAAAUAUCGACCGAAAGGCAUAUAAUCCAAGUCACAUUGCCCCACCUGUGGACGCAACCUUUUCCUUCUCCUCGUUGAUUGCUGUCCUUAACUCCGACGUCACGCGUCCAUCUUCUUCCUCCCAUCACAAAAUAAUAAAAUUCAAAACCCAAAAAAAUUAUACAUAUGAGAGAACAAAGGACCUGAGAUUCAUACGCUUUGCAGCUCUCCUUCGUCACGGCAACAAUCACACAAUGUUCACAUUGAAAAACAAAGUUACAGAGAAGCUCUCACAUCUCUUUGCCGAUGCGCCCACCUCACCCUCCUCCUCUUCUCUUCCUUCCCCUCUCGACGACAACAAUCAUCGUCCUGAGGCCAUCUUCUAAAGGAGGUAAAUCUUUGUCUUCAUACUUUUCGUUACCAUCGGUAGUCUUUGGUGGAUCCCGAUCAAACAAGCAUCAAUCAAUAAUUGUUAGUAAUGGAGACUUUGAAUCCCAAGAUGAAUCCGUGCAUAGAUAUGUAGAGUGUCGUUCCCCACCAGGUGAGAACAAUGAAAAGGAAAACAAUCGUGAAAACGAUGUUGACUGUGCUUCUGGAGGGAGCACCAGUGGUUCUGAGGUAUUUGAAGAAGCAGCGGACCAGCACAGUCUACAGAAGCAACUACCGCUUCUUAUGGAUGACUCUGUCUUUAUCUCCUCAGACCUGCAUGAAUUCUUGCUGUCAUCUCUUCCUAAUAUAGUGAAAGGGUGCCAAUGGGUUUUGCUGUAUAGUACUUCGAGACAUGGUGUAUCACUCCGCACACUUAUCCGCAAAAGCGCCGAGCUUUCUGGUCCUUGUUUGCUGGUUGUUGGAGAUAGGCAAGGUGCUGUAUUUGGUGGACUUCUAGAGGGCCCCUUGAAACCUACGGCAAAGAGAAAGUAUCAAGGAACAAACCAAACAUUUGUUUUCACAACCGUAUAUGGAGAACCAAGGCUAUUUAGACCGACUGGAGCCAACCGGUAUUAUUACAUGUGUUUGAAUGACAUGCUUGCUCUUGGGGGAGGUGGUAACUAUGCUCUGUGCCUAGAUGGAGAUUUGUUAAGUGGAACAAGCGGACCUUGUGAAACAUUUGGGAACUUAUGCUUGGCUCAUGAUGCAGAAUUUGAGUUGAAGAAUGUUGAGCUCUGGGGUUUUACACAUGCGUCGCGGUACCUUACAUGAUACAAGGCAAAGACAAGGUUAUGCAUUUGUAUCUUUGGUAUCGGUUGGUGGUCGCUUUCUUUAUUCUUGUUAUAGUUUGCUCCAGCACAGAAGACAGGAGAGCUUUGAUCAAUCGGGGAUGAACAAUUCGUUUGGAAAGCAAUUAGAUUCGAAGCACUAGUUUAUGUUAUGGGGUUAUUUUCCUUCAAUUAUGUAGCUGUAUUGUAUGCAUACUUACAGGGUGAUUGUUAUAGUAGUGAAAUAGACCAACACCAGGAGCAUUAAUAGAAUUGAUCUUGUGACUA